UUUUUUUUUUUUUUUUUUUGAGACUCAAAUUUUCACACAGAUCAGAAAUGAUCCAUAAUUAAAUUUUGAUCAUAGGGAAGGAAGGUUAUUGUGAACAAAUUUGUUGAAAUAAACAUACUCUUAGGGAUUUGCUGCUUUGUGAAGAGGCAUGGAUGGGAAAUUGUCGUCUAUAGAGGGGUGUCCACCUCUUCAAAGAAAUAUCAAUGAUUUAGGGCCACGUCAUUCUACUAAGAAAUCUAAAAGGGGUGUUCUUUUUUUUGAGGUGGAGAUCCUGGAUGCCAAGAACCGGGAAAAGCUGUGCUUCCUGGAUAAGGUAGAGCCCAAUGCUACCAUAGCUGAAAUCAAGAAUCUCUUUACCAAGUCUCAUCCUCAAUGGUAUCCAGCCCGGCAGUCCCUGCGACUAGAUCCCAAGGGAAAGUGUUUGAAGGAUGAAGAUAUCCUUCAGAAUUUGCCAGUUGGUACAACAGCAACAUUGUAUUUCCGGGACUUAGGUGCACAGAUCAGCUGGGUGACUGUAUUCCUCACAGAGUAUGCUGGGCCCCUCCUCAUUUACCUGCUCUUUUAUUUCCGGGUUCCCUUCAUUUAUGGCUCAAGAUAUGGCUUCAGCUCCAGCAAGUACUCUGUUGUUCACCUGGCUUGCAUUUGUCACUCUUUCCAUUACGUCAAGCGCCUCCUCGAGACCCUUUUUGUCCACAGAUUCUCCCAUGGAACAAUGCCUUUACGUAACAUCUUCAAGAAUUGCACUUACUAUUGGGGCUUUGCGGCCUGGAUGGCAUAUUACAUCAAUCACCCAUUGUAUACACCACCUGCAUAUGGACAUGAACAAGUGAAAUUGGCGCUUAUCAUAUUCCUGUUCUGUCAGUUUGGAAACUUUUCUAUUCACAUUGCUCUGCGGAAUCUUCGCCCGGCUGGUUCAAAGACCAGGAAGAUCCCACUCCCUACGAAGAACCCAUUUACAUGGCUUUUCCUGCUGGUCUCUUGCCCCAAUUAUACCUAUGAGGUAGGGUCUUGGAUUGGCUUUGCCAUCAUGACUCAGUGCCUUCCAGUGGCUCUGUUUUCCUUGGUUGGAUUUAUUCAAAUGACCAUUUGGGCAAAGGGAAAACACCGAAGUUACCUGAAGGAGUUCCGAGAUUACCCGCCACUACGUUCACCUAUCGUCCCUUUUCUGCUCUAAGCCUCUUUCUGCACUAAGAUAUCAAACUGGGCUGGUAGCUUCAUUUUUUAUCUUCUUGAGCAGCUAACAUUGGAGUCUAAAACAGGAGGAUUUUUUCACUGUCCAUAUUGGGUUUUGAGAGGGGUUUAUUGGAAUUCCUUCCUUUUUAAAGUUCCUCCAUCAUCUUUUUCCUUUGUCCCUAUUCCAAAAUUACAUUUGACUUAGAACAACACCUCCCUACAGUUACUAUGAAGCCAAACACUGCAGCAAGAACAGAGGGAACAAUGCAGUUUUACAGGGGGGGGGGAGGAAUUGAACAGCUGCUAGACAUAUCUGUAAGAGCAGGUACCAUAAAUGGAGCCUAGGCAGCUGGACUUUGGCCAAAUGUGAGGCUGUAAAAUAGCAAUCUUAACUCCAGUCCUUAUUAAUAAUAAUUUUAGAAAAAUUGUUCACUACAUUUGUGCAGCACUUUGGAUUUGAAAGCAGAAAAAUACCUUGAAACACAUGGUGCCAUUCCUAAACCAGGAAAAGGCAUGGCUGCUUUAAGAAGUUGCAGACUGAUGCAGUGAUCAUGGCCCUGUGUGGUAUGGAACAUUGUUUUGCAUUUGCAUUUGUAUUCAAAGCACAGCACAGCCUAUUAAUUCAGUUGUGGGCAUUCUCCUAGUAGUAAAUAUUAUCGCUAUUAUUUUUUGUACUGCAGAAUGAUGCUUGGUACUAAAAACUGUAAUAUUUUUUCUGGAGGGAAAUAAACUAAGAUCAGUGGCAAUGCUAACUUCAUCUCUUUUAUAGAUGGUCUUGUGCCCCUUUUUAACCCUUGUUCAAUUAGUAGGCAUUUGUGCUUGAAAUCAAAAUUGAAAAUGGCUUAAUUGAAUGACAUACAUAAUUUCAUAAGGGUAGAACACAUUAUUUAAUUAUCCCAGCCAUAAGCUAAAUUAUGACAUGGCAAAUUCCCUGCUGUGAAGCAAAGGAAAACAGUUAUGAUCCAGUAGUAGCUCUGGUGUUACAUAGUUCUGUCCCCCAUACAAAUUGGCAUAAAUGCUUUUCCUUUUCUUAGUAGUAUCUUAUGAGCAGUGAACAACAUCUUCCAAGUAGAAAUGUAUGCUUGAAGUGACUCAGUUUUGUGUGAUGGUGGAGUAGUUAACUUCUAUAGUUAAGAGGUUCUUGAAAUGAAAGUCUAACAAAUACAAUACUGUGCCUAACUAGCAACACUUGUGUAACUUUCUGUAAUACAGGCCCACUGAAAGAUGUGUCAACAUUACAAACACCAUCAGGGCAACUAUGGAGAUAUACAAGUGAAACUUUAAUGUAAUGGAUCAGAUGAUGAAGGGGGAAGGUGUUUCUUCCAGUUGCCUAUUAAAUGGAAGAGUGAUCAAUACCAAUGUACUUAGGUAAAUGCUACAAAUUGCAUCAUUUGAGUGACUUAUUCAAUUUGUAUAAUAUAUGUAUAAGUGCACUGAGAAAUUGGGGGGGGAUGGAUCCUGCUUUGACAUUUAUAACUAUUUCUACCACUUAAGAGAUAAGGAAAUGCCUAUUAUUCCUCCUAUAGAAAAUAUUCAGUGUUACAGAAUUGAAGCAUCUGAGGAUUGGACCGUUUUCUUGAGAGGAGGUUGUUUAUUUUUCUGUUUGUCAUUGUUACCAAGGUUGUGAUACUGCAUCCAAGUAGUCCUUGGAUUAUGAUGGCAGCUGGGAGUGGGAUUGCUAUUGCUAAGCAAUGUGGUUGUAAAGUGCAACAUUGGAUGGCCACACCGCUUAGCGACAACAAUCCUGGCAGUUCCCACUUGCUGUCAUUACCUCAAGACUUGCCAGUUGUGAGUGGGAAGGGGCAGGAGUUUCAUGUAAUGACCGGGAUGGGGGAGCUGGGAGGGUUGGUGCAGGCUGUGAGUUGGAAGGGGGGAGGUGGUGGCUGGUGCAACAGACUGUGAGCACAAGAAGGUUGUGGGAUACCUGUCAUAGCAAGAAGGCUUGGGCGGGGGAGACUUAUUAGAGUAACAUUCCACCUUUCUUGCUGGCUUCCCCAUUGACUUUGCAUUUGGGAAGCCAGCAGGGAAGGUUGUAAAUGGCAAUAAUCUGAUGACAGGAUGUUGCAAUUGUGGUAAUACAAGCAACUGCCAAGUCUCUAAAUCAUGAUUGCAUGACUGGAGCACCGCAAAAGCCUGAACUUCAAGGAUUGGUCGUAAGUUCCACUUGUUCAGCGCCAUUCUAACUUCAAAUGGUUGCUGAAUGAGUAGCUAAUAAAGAGGACUACUUGUAUGUUUAAUUUGGAGGAAGCCCCAUCUGAAGUAGAGUGGAACUUGCUUCGAAACAAAUAUGGCCACGAUCAAGAUGUUUGUCAUAGUCUUAGGUUAUGCUGCAUGUGAGCAGUGAUAUCUGAAACCUAGGCCCCAAGGCUGCUGUUAAAUGAGCCACUGACUUUUUCCUAUAAUCCAUUUCAUGUGGAACUUUAUUUAAACUAACCAAUAAAAAAUAAUCCAGCCAA